UUCACAUUCUCCUCUCACAAGCUUCACAUCUGGGUCCUCUUUCAUCCAGACCCAUUAUAUACUUAUUAUCCGAGAUACAUACAUACGCAUAACAUAUCUGCAUACAUAUAUCUCUUUAGGGCUAUCUAUUCUCAAUUAAUCAAAUCACGAAUAAUCAAUUGAAGAUCCCCAAAAAUGGAGCGAUAUCCCACUCCUCCAUCCACCAGCUCCCCAAAGCAUAAUAAUCACGGAUAUCACAAUGGCCAUAACACAGGCGAACGAAACGCAGCUUCACGCGAUACAUAUGGAAAAGCGCCUACUGCAGAAUCAUACAUUUCACAUAAUAACGAUCAAGCGCACGAUAAAAAAUCAGGCAUCUAUUCCUCUUUUACAGAUGCAUCGACUAUAGUUCCAGCCUCCACCGAGGCCUGGGCAUCCGGUCAUCCAGCUCCUAGCUAUAGUAAACCGAGCGAAGUCCACGAUUUUUACGGAAUCACUUCUCAAGAUCCUUCCUACAAUGCUCCGAAUCAAUUUGCGGGUCCUCCAUCUACCGACUACUUCAAAACUGCGCCGCAGGAUUCUCGCGCGAAAAGUCAUAGCUAUAGCUAUAAUGAAAAUAGUCAAAGGACUACUCAUCGACCAGCCCAAGAAACGUAUUGGCAAACAAGCUCCAAUCCCGUCUCUCCCUCCCAAAGCCGGCCAAUGCAAAUCGUAGAUCCGCAUCCAUAUUCCGAAGACUUCGAUCCCGCUCAACCGACCCACCCUGGUCCUCCACCGCGGCGCUCUAGCUCCCCAAUCCCAAACACUUUCCCCUCCACAGGCAGCACAAACCCCUACUCCCACCCACCACAACAACCUCCCCGUCCCCAACCAAUUCGUCGCCGUUCCUCGCCCAUCCCAGGACGCAUCACAUCACCCUUCAAAAAACCCCUCUCACCCUUCUCAUUUUCCCGUCCUAAACCCCGUCCCGGCUUCAUCAAACGCAUAACCCAGCGCAUAAAAUCCUGGAUCCAAUCUCUCUUCUCCUGGAGCCGUGCUAAUCCCAUAAAAGCGGGUCUCCUAUCUUUCAUCCCCGUUCUUCUCGGAGCAGGAAUUGUCAAAACCGUGAAAGGAAUAAAACAUUUCCUAGGUCGUGGAGCUGAUAAAGUGAAGGAAAAGAAACAUAAACUUGGGAAAGGGAUACAGGGUGCGAGGAAGGCGCAGAGGAGAUGGAUUGAGGAUGUUCUUGGAGAUUUUAAGGGAUUUGCUGGAGCUAAGGGGGGUCCGCUUAAUGGCAUCUUGAGGAUUGUACAUAUGCUGUUGUGAGUUUUUUUUUUUCUUCUUUUUUCUAUCGUUACACUCCCCCCUCCUUCCCCCCCUUUUGAUUGUCAUCCCAGCACCAUAAUAACUCUCCCCGUCCAACUCCUGGACAUAAAUCUCAAGCAUCACCCCUCUUCCUCCCUAAACACCAAUCCAAUCCAAUCAUUAGAAUAGCCUAUCAUACAACCUAUAAACCCUCAUCAUCCCCCCACAAACAUAAAAUACAUAUCUUCUCAAACCCCAACAUCUAGUCUAACUUCCCAACGCACAGAAACCACUACUGCAGACUCUCACCAUCCAACUACCCUCGCGCGGCAUCUAUCCUUCUCGAGCUCUAUUUUCUCGAUUUGAAAACACUGUCAUGAUGUCUUCUUCAUCCUUCUUCAUCUUUUCUUUCUCUUAACUUCUAACUUCUUCCUUCAUUUCCCUGCGUUGUUUACAAUUCCAUUUUUGAAUUUCCAUACCAAAAUGUUACAUCUGGUCCAUCAACCUCUCAUAUCAUAUGUUUUCCCCCUUCUCAUCAUACCACCCUCAUCAUAUCAUACCAAUUACGAAAACCCGACCAACGCAUAACGCAUAACGAAGAAACAUGACACACGAAGGAAUAAGACGGUAAUCUAGUCUAGGUAUCUGGGUACACAACUCCAAACGAAUUAAUGAAUCAAAUGGCCACUAUUAAAUAAAUAAAUAUAUCAUAUCGCCGAAAAAAC